CCAGCCCUCGACGACUCAGGAAGUGAGUGCUGAAGCUUUGAUUCGUCGUCAAGAAGCUACAAGAUUUACUUAUUUACUUUUUACUGAACACUACAGCUUCAAGGUCCGAACCUCUGCUGAAUUUUUGUGAAGGAGAACAAACUAACAAGCUACAGAAAACAAAAAGGGUUGUCUCGAUCCCGUGGGACUUCUCUUGGAUCCUUCUUUGAAGAUGCAUUCCGCCAGAUAUGACAAAGAUGGUCACAGCAAACAUGAGAGGAUCGACUUUUUAACCCAAAAAGAGAAGGCACCACCAAAGAGCAAGACUGGCAUCGUGAUUGGUGUUGUUGUGGCACUUCUCAUCCUUUCAGCCGUCGCAGCUUUCCUCAUUUGGUUUUUUGUCUUUAAAGAUGCUGAUUCAGAUGCCGCCCUCAGUAAGCAGCUCCGUCAAUCAGUACCGGUUUUUAGCGGGCGUAUGACGCUGGUUAAUCAACCUUAUGACCAAAACCUGGAGGACACCAACAGCCCAGAAUUCCAGGCUCUGGCAGAAAAAUUGGAGACAGUUCUGGGGAACUAUUUAAAGAGAGAUCCAAUCCUUGAAAAAUACUACACCAAAUCUGUAGUCACUGCAUUCAGCGAGGGCGUGAAAGCCUACUACUGGUCUCAGUUCAACAUUCCACACAGCGACCUGGAGAUGAUACCGGACGUUUCAGAGGAGCGGAUCUUGGAUGCACUGGAGAGUGGCAUUAGGCAAAGCCGCUCGGCAAGUGCCCCUGAUGUCAAGAUCAGUCAAGUCACUGCCUCACUCACGGAUUCUCGUAUGGCCAGGGACCCAAGAGCCAAUGAUUGUUUCUACCGUCUGGAAGCUGACACAAAUCCCCAGAAUUUUUCAUCUCCAGGGUACCCCACGGGCUACCCCCCCAAGUCACGGUGUCAGUGGCAAAUCCGAGCCUCGGAGGAAAACGUUAUAGUUGUCAAUUUCCUUUAUUUCUACAUUGAGGAUGACUGCUCAGACGACUUUGUCUACAUCUAUGACUCUUUGAGUCCAGACGAUUCUCAGGCCAUUACAAAGAAGUGUGGUCAGAGGCCUCCUUCUAACCCUCUGGAGGUUGUGUCAUCUAACAACAUCAUGCUGAUUAACUUUAUAGCUGAGACUGAUGCUCAGAAGCCUGGCUUCCAAGCCGCGUACAGUGUGAUCCCCAAGGCUGAUGUUACGUGUGGUGGCAGCCUUUCUCAAAAACAGGGAAACUUCACUUCCCCACUUUACCCAAGCUUUUAUCCUCCUGCUAAAGACUGCAAGUGGACCAUCACGGUCGCUCCUGGGAGCAAAGUACGGCUGAGGUUCACCAUGUUUCGCAUGAAAGAGCCUGGAGUGGACACGCAUUUAUGUCACAAAGACUAUGUGGAAAUUAUGGGAAACAAGUAUUGUGGAGAAGUUGCAUCGCUGUCUUUGACCUCUGACACCAACGUUCUAGUGGUUAAUUUCCACUCUGAUAGGUCUCACACUGACAAAGGCUUCAGUGCAGAGUACAGUUCCUAUGAUCCUUCCAACCCUUGCCCUGACCGGUUUGCCUGCACCAAUGGCCUGUGCAUCGACCAGAAAUUGAAGUGUGAUGGCUGGAACGACUGUGGUGACAUGAGCGAUGAGAGGCAGUGCAAUUGCGAUAAGGACCAGUUCGCUUGCAGUAAUGGCAUGUGUAAACCGAAACUCUGGGUGUGUGAUCAUGUCAACGACUGUGGGGAUGGAAGUGAUGAGAAAAUAUGCGGUUGUGCCCAAAAUGAGUUCCAGUGUGGGAACGGGGUUUGUCUGCCACAGAGUGUUCAGUGUGAUGAUAAGCAAGACUGCAAAGAUGGGAGCGAUGAGGUUGGUUGUAAAACUGAUACGAGUAUAUGCACUGACUAUAGCUUCAAGUGUAAGAGCGGAGUUUGUAUCAACAAGGUGAAUGCCGAAUGUGACCGCGUCCAGGACUGCUCUGAUAACUCGGAUGAGACCAUUUGUGAUUGUGGCACCAGGCCUUACAAGCUGAAUCGCAUCGUAGGAGGGCAGAAUGCUGAGCUAGGGGAGUGGCCUUGGCAGGUUAGCCUUCACUUCUCAACCCACGGGCCGACUUGUGGUGCCUCAAUCAUCUCUAACACGUGGCUUCUUUCGGCCGCUCACUGUUUUGUCACCAGCAACUCAGAGAGCAACAAUCCAUCCAGCUGGCUGUCCUACAGUGGCAUGCAGAACCAAUACAGCCAUGACAACGUGCAGUCCCGCAAAUUGAAGAGAAUCAUCCCCCACCCGCUCUACAAUCAAAUGACAUCUGACUAUGACAUUGCUCUGCUGGAGCUCAGUGAACCUCUGCAAUUUGCCAAUACCAUACAACCCAUCUGCCUACCCGAUUCCUCCCAUGUUUUCCCAGCAGGCAUGUCCUGCUGGGUCACAGGCUGGGGCGCUCUCCGAGAAGGAGCAGGUCAAGCUGCACAGAUUUUACAGAAAGCAUUAGUGAAAAUCAUCAAUGACUCCGUGUGUGACGUGGUCACAGAAGGCCAAGUCACCUCCAGGAUGCUCUGCAGUGGAUACUUGUCUGGAGGAGUUGACGCAUGCCAGGGUGACUCUGGAGGCCCCCUGGUGUGCUUCGAAGAGAGCGGGAAGUGGUUCCAGGCGGGCAUUGUGAGCUGGGGAGAGGGCUGCGCUCGUCGGAACAAGCCUGGUGUCUACACGCGCGUCACCAAGCUCAGAGAAUGGAUUAAACAGGAGACAAAUAUUUGAUGUUUGUGUGGGGAACAGGCUGGGUUGCAGAGUUAACCCAUCCUGUUGCUCAAGGUCAUCAGUGCUUUAAAAAAAACCCAUCAGACUAAACAUGUUAUUCUGAUCAGAACAAAGCUACUCGCAUCAGCUACUUGACUUCAGGCAUGGUAUUUUAUGUAAUUUUUAAAGACGAUCUUUAGCACAAUGAGCAUAGUUACCCCCAUCAAUUCAUGACCUCUUUAAGCGGUAAAUACACAGAGAAAUAUGAAAUAUAGUUUGUGAAUUAUUUUUUUCACUCUUUUUGUCCAGUGUGACUGUUUUAAGGGAUUCAGAGUGUUUCUGAGUACAUUAUCAUACUCUGGAAAGUGGUUGUAUUUGAAAGUUUUUA